GGUAGAGAACGAGUGGAGAAGGUGGAAGUACGAUUUGCUAGCCUGGGUCGAUUGAGUGACACCGAGCUAUUCAUUUUGCACAAAAAGACAGUUGUGGUUUUUGCUAACUGUUGAAGGGUUACAUGUGCUCGCUAGAAGGCAGAGAGUCAGCCACACAUCUAGGCAGUGAGGUGACUGCUGAGGAAGAUAUCUACUUUUCUCCGGGUCAUGAUAUGUAACAUUAGCUAACAGUAGCAGGCAAGCAGUCCUUCCACAUCGUGUAACUUCUCAGCUUCUCUGGCAGGACGACUCUGCUCAAGUUCCCUAUAAUCAUGCCUAUUCAAUUGACGAGUCAGGCUUACUGUAAAAUGCUUUUACACGCUACCAAGUAUCCUCACUGCGCCGUGAACGGGUUGCUGGUGGCAGAAAAGACGAAGGAGAAAAAGAAAGACAGCCACCAUGAUCCAGUCCUAUGUGUGGACUGUGUGCCACUCUUCCACGGCACUCUUGCUUUGGCACCAAUGCUAGAAGUUGCUUUAACACUGAUCGAUACUUGGUGUAAAGAAAACAAUUAUGUCAUUGCUGGAUAUUAUCAAGCCAAUGAACGCACAAAGGAUUCAAGACCCAACCAAGUUGCAGAAAAAGUGGCUGCUAGGAUUUCUGAGAACUUCAGUGAAGCAGCAAUUGUUAUGGUGGACAGCAGUAGAUUAAAAAUGAGCUGCAUUGAGCCCAUUGUGCUUAUCUAUGAUCAUCAUGAAAACAAGUGGAAAAACAGAGAAGUAACUUGUGACUCUUUUGAGGACUGGAGCGAAGCACAGAAGAUCACAUCUGCUCUGUUAGAGGGCAGGUCGUACGAGAAUUUGAUUGACUUUGACAAUCACUUGGAUGAUCUAAGGAACGACUGGACCAACCCUGUGAUCAACAAGUCCGUCCUGGAUCUGUGCUAAGACCCACAGUCAGGAGCACCAUGGACACACAUACACAAAUUGCUGCCAUUUCAGCACGCAUGAUGCUACUUGAUAUGUAGCACAAAAGUACAAAAUGCUGAACACAGUCUUUGUUCCAUCAGACAGGCUCUCGUAUUGACGAGAACUUGCGGAGCACUGACCAUUUAGGCCAAAAUCUCUCAAGGGCAAGCGCCAUAUGUGCACUGUUGGCAUGUGUCCACCACCCAGGUGACAAAGGCAAUUACGAUUUUUAAUGCAAUUAAAUUUUUUUUGCAAUGAUCUGUGCUUUAUUCAUAGUUGUGUGCAUAAAGUAACAUUCUAGUAUUGGAUCAGUUUCUUUCUUUUUGUAAUUUUGUGGCCAGUAGCCAUACAGAGAUAAACUACUAAAUUAUUGAACAUUUUAGGUGAUGAUUGUACUACUGAGAUAUGAUUAAGGACACGUGUUUACUAAAUUUAUAGUUUGUAUUAAGCCCUAAAACAACAUUCAUAUACAAAGUUGUAAUCUGUACAUGUUUCUUGACAGUUUAAUGAAAUGCUGUAUUGAAAAGAACACACAGAUGGUAGAGAACAGGGAUCUUAAAGGUUUGUGUUAGUGGACUGUAGUUAAAGUCCUUUAGAUGCACCAGCAAUGACUGACUGACUGAAGAGUUCUGACUUUUAUAUUAAUAAUGCUAACACAGCUCUGUCAUGCAUGAGUCCUGUUGUUGUUGCUGGUGCACUUCAGAAUGACAUUAUAAAUGAUCUACAGUAUGUUAGCUUAUUGGCUUUUAAUUGUUGUUCUGGAAGAUUUGCUCAGAAAUGACAGAAUCAGAUCACAGGGAUGUGUGAAUUUUGUUUUAUGUUGGAUAUCUGCGUUAAGAUAGGUAAUAGUAAUUAUUUAUACUUAAUUGAACACUCAAAUGUAAGCAUACAGAACUAUCUUUGUAUUUGGGAUUAGAAUUGAUCAGUAAGAGCUAAUUACUUAAAUAAUUGUGUGGACAUUACAUUUUUUACAGACAUUUUAUGAACUGAAUGUACAAUGAAAACAACUUUUGAAAUUAUGCUAGUCUUUGUCAGAUUCAUUUUAGUUAGUAUUUUGCUAGAUGUCUUCUAUCACUGCAUUAGCAGCUGACAAAAGGGAUUUGAAAACUGUUGCAUACCAGCUCCAGGGCUGCAGCUUCUUUUGGUUUCAUUUUGUAAGGAUUAAAAAUGCUUAUUAAGAGCUGCAUUCAUGACGCUUUUGAAUAAUAUACA